UGCGGAGUCUACAUUGGUUGGAAAGCAAAAUAAAGGGUACGUGAAAACAAAGUGCCGGCACUUGUAAUUUACAAUUCGGCUGGCCUCCGCCCCGCAAGGCUCCAUCAGCACCAAGUUAAAGUCUUGACUACACGCCAAAUCCCGCUUGUGCGUGGAGGGAGGAGAGAGAGAGAGAGGGAGAGACUCGGAUUAUUUCAUUUGACUUCUAAGCUUCAAAUGAAGAUUAUCGCAAAAGGUUUCUACCUUUUGUGCCUGUGAAAAAACCCGGCUGAGAUUGAUUGAAUAUGGUUGAAGGGGGAAUGUCGUGUAUUUGUGUGUAGGGCACCAAUGGUCCUUGCAAUUAUUGCAAGGUGACAAAAGGCUUCCAAAGAGCCGUAACAAAUGUAAACCCCACAAUUUCUCUUCUCAUUCAAGUGUCCAAUUAUUUGUUCUAUUCUUCCAAUCUUGUUAAUAAUCGUUUCUUACCCCCAACCAUUUUUUCAGUCUGCCCACUGUUUCACCAUCAUUUCCUCUCUUUCACACCAUGUUGACUUGCUUCAAAUGGCCUGUUGCUGCUGCUAGAACCGUUCUUCAGCAAGUCAGGGUCUUGGACAAGUUCCAUCGAUGCAAGCGAAGACAGCAUAAGAGAUUGUUUUCGGGUUUUGAUUUGUUAACCUCGUCUUUCACUGCUAUGGAAGUAUCCAACCAGCUGAAACAAGUAUUCAGGCUCCUUGACACAAAUGGGGAUGGCAAAAUAUCCUCCUUCGAGCUCAGUGAAGUACUCCUGUGGCUAGGACAGGAGAAGUCCACAGCCGUCGAGGAAGCUGAAGGCAUGGUCAGAGAAGUGGACUGCAACGGGGAUGGGUUCAUCGACUUGGACGAGUUCAUGCGCGUCAUGAAUACUGACUUCACAGUUGGUAGCAGCAGCACCUGUGAUGAUGGUCUGAUGGAUGCUUUUCUGAUUUUCGAUUCUGACAAGAAUGGAGUGAUAUCCGCGGAAGAGUUGCAGCGUGUUCUAAUCAGCCUUGGAUGCGUUAAGUGCAGCCUCCAAGAGUGUAAACGUAUGAUUAAGGGAGUCGACAAAGAUGGCGAUGGGUUUGUUGAUUUUGAAGAAUUUAGAUCAAUGAUGACAGGAUGUGCUAGUACUAAAGCUAUAUGAGGCUGACCCUGGAUUUCGAUUAUUCAACAAGCUUUGUAGGGAAGAAGAAGAAGAAGAAGCAUUUAAGUACCAGAAGUUCUUCUUUGCUUCUUGGAGAUAAGUUUUCAUCAAGCUAGGCAAGGAAGCUAUGUGGGAUUCAUGCAGGAAGAAACUAGAAAGACUGAUUCUAGACAUUUUUUCCCCUUUCAAUUAGGUUUAGUUGAAUUGUUUUUUCAAUAAACUCAGUGCCUGCAAUGCUUCUGAUUUUGAAAUAUGUCACUAAAUCCCUUGAGAAGCAAUUAAGAAAAAUUUGUAAUGUUUUAAGAA